CCCCUAGAACGCGGCCGGCGUGCUUUGCUGCGGCCACCGCCCCGCGCACGUGUCGCGGCGUCCCAACCUGCUGCUGAAGAGGUGAGCGUGUGAGCGUCCGGGUAGGGGUGGGCUGCAGCGCGGACCCAGGGGCCGGGCCCCCUUCCCAGGUUUCUUCCCAGUAGAAUGUUCGAGCCUCGGGCGUAGCCUACGGGGCCCGGAUGGAAACCCAACGGGAAGAUCUCUGCGAGGGUACAGGAACCCCUUCUCGCACAGCCGCCAAAGGAAUUCGCCGCGCUGCCUCCGAGGCCGACCUGGAGCCCUGGUAGCCCUGAGGCGUUGGGACCUCGACCAGGACCUUUCCUUUUCUAACAUCAGUUUCUACCGUGGAAAAAAGGCCCAAGGUUUAUAGCGGUGGCAGCAUUCAUGGCAGGUCUCCUGUGGCGGGCCGCAGCAUUUGUGCAGAGACGCAGGACAGGCCUGUUGGUGGGUUCCUGUGCAGGCCUAUUUGGGGCCCAAAUCUCCUACCACCUCCUCCCAGAUCCUGCGAUUCAAUGGCUGUACCAGUACUGGUCUCGAGGCCGGCCAGCUCCGCUCUCCCCAAAGCUACGGUUACUCUUCCGAGAGGUGCUACAGGACAUGGGCAUCCCAUCAGGCCAUCGCUACGAGGCCUUCACCACCUUCACCUUCUACCCUGUGAGUGCUGGCUUCCCAAGACUCCCUGCAGGGGCCGUGGUGGGCAUCCCUGCCAGCUUCCUGGGUGACCCAUUGACCAACAUUGACCGGCCUAUGGUGGUACAUGGGCAAAGAGUGGAUUGGCAAAGCCCUGCAGGUGCCCGGCUGAGAGAUGCUCUGAACCUGUCCCAUGAAGCCCGGAAGUUCGCCUUGGCCAGGGAGGUGGUGUACCUGGAGAGUGGUGCCCCCGUCCUGCAAGCCCUGCCGGCCCCAGCUUGCCUGGCGGGAACCUGGGCACUGAGUGUGGGUGCCAAGCAUUCACUGGGGCUCUACAGGGGCCCCAUGAACUUACGGGCUGCCUUCAACCUGGUGGCAGCAGUAGUGGGCUUUGUGGCCUACACCUUCUCCAUGGACUCACUCACUCAUGCCCUGGAAGCCUGGCUAGACCGCCGCACGGCCUCCCUAUCUGCAGCCUAUUCCCGGGGAGGAGUGGAAUUCUAUGAGAAAGUUCUGUCGGGCAACCUAGCCCUGCGCAGUCUGUUGGGCACGCUUGGAGAGAAGCUGUAUACGCCCAGUGGGAAUGUCAUUCCCAGACACUGGUUCCGCGUCAAACAUUUACCUUACACGACCCGCCGGGACUCCAUGCUGCAGAUGUGGAGGGCAACACUCAACCCAGGCCGCUCCUGAGGGGCUCAUCUCACGGACAGUUCCAGGUUGUGCAGGCACCACACUGCCGUUGACCCUGGGGGGCUCUCGGUGCCUCUGCAGCCACCACCCAAUGUUAGAAAAGUCACAGGCUUUGGAGUUGAACAACCUAGAUUCUACCCCCACCCACCUCUUAUGAUCUCAGUGACCUUGGGCACAUCCCUUAAUGAAUCUGAGCCUUGGUUUCCUCCACUAUAAAAUGGGGAUGUUGUAAACUUACUGGCAGGAUUAUGGGGGUCACCUGGCAGAGUGUGUGUGCCAUAAAUAAACAGGAUAUUCUCCUUCUUGGUCUUUGAA